AUGCCAUCCUUACGAGAAAUCAUUAUCAGGGCUGCAUCGAAAGGUCACCUCGAAGUACUCAAAAGGCUUCUACUGCCAAAUCCUUCAUAUUCGCUCCAAGAAGCAGAUACCACCCUUGAAAAGCUCGUUGGGAUAGCUGCUCGCCAUUGCCACUCCAAAGUCCUCGAAUUCUGCAUCAGCCUAGGUACAAACGUCAACGACGACGCUGUGCGGAUAGGUGUUCUCGAGUCUAGCCGCCUCAACGUCUACCAAAAGGUCAUCGCCGCCGGCUUCGACCUUAAUUACGACCAUGAUGGAACGAUCGGGGGCCCACUCAUUUGGGCGACAUUGACAAACCACAUCCCCCUGGCAACGUAUCUCCUGGACCACGGAGCUGAUGUGAAUCGCGACCUACAGAACCGCGUAUACAGGCCGCUGGCAAAGGCGGCCGAGAAGAACAGUGUUGCGAUGAUCGAGCUUUUUAUCAGAUACGGAGCUCAGAUGGAUCGCAGUGGUGCUCUGAUUGUGGCCGCAGAGCAUGGAAACCUCGAAGCAGUUCGCUGCCUGGUUUCACACGGUGCUGACAUCAACCUGAUACGCAAGAGUGAUACCGAUUUGUACAUGAAGACCGGUGAGGAGGAUUCGGCGCUACACAAAGCGGUCAGGGGUGGUCAUGAGGAUGUGGUUGCCUUCCUGGUGGAGAGCGGGGCUCGUCUAGGUCUGAGAGAUCAUCAGGGCAAUGACGCUUUGAUGAUGGCGGUGAAAAUGAACAGUGCGGAACUUUUCCAGAUCAUCUACGACGCCCAAAGAUGA